AGCUUUCCUGAAUAGUAGGCUACUGCACAUGCGCUGUGCUUUAAAACUGAGAAUCUUGGCGGGUUUCAGUUGCAAAUCGUUUUGUUUACGAAUCUAGGAAUUGCAUGUGUUGUGUAUUGUGUGGUGUAGCUCUACCAUUCUAAAAAAGUUUUUACUGAAAAUAAAAAAUUAUUGCAAGAGUUUGUUUUGAUUAGCUUCAUAUUUGAAGUGCUUUCUGAUCACUGCUCUCUCAGAUACUCUCUGCAUUGAAAUGGCUGAUGUUCGCGAUGAAUCGACUGAAAUCAGAUGCCAGGAGAAGUCGAAAGGCGGCUUGAAGUACGACGUGAUCCUGGCCAACUCGACAGCCACGCCUCCGCCGAAGCGCGCCAAGUCGCCGGUCAACACAUCGCUGUCCGCCGAGGAAAUCGAGGAAAAGCUCAAGGCUGCACAAGAAAGGAGAUUGUCUCUCGAAGCAAACAAAAUGGCUACGUUGGCUGCUAAGCUGUCGAAAAUUGAAGAGGCCUCCAAGAAAAAGGAUGAGCAAACCAAUGUGUUCAUCAACCAGACCAAGGAAGCUCUCGACCAAAAAAUGGAAACUCACAUAGAGAAACGAGAAGCGUACAUUACUGACCUCAAGUCCAAGCUUAAGGAUCAUUUGGAAGGAGUGGAAAAGACUAGACAAUCCCUUGAACAGCAAACGCUCGAGAUCGAGAUGGCUGUCAAAGAGAAAAUGAAGACUGCAGCGGCUCAACGAGACGAAAACAUGAAGAAAAUGGUUGAAAGAAUCAAGGAUCAUGUUGAUCUGGUCAAGAAAGUAAAAGCAAGUCAACAGGAAAAAGUGCAGGCUUUGGAAACACAAAUCCAAAACAAACUGCAUUUGGCGAGCACCCGUCGCACCCAACUCGAAAUCGAACAACGUGAAAAACUCAAGUCUCAGGAGCGGCGCGCAGAGAUGGUCCGUCAGAACAAGGAGAAGCUGAGUCAGAACGAUGAGCAGCAGACAGCUGAGUCUGGCUAGACCAACUCAUCACUCAACCAUCAAACCAGCGAUUUUUCUAUCAACAAUAUUAGACUGUUUAAAAACAUCGUGAUAAUCACUGGUCUGCCGCUAAGUUUUUCGUUGCCAAUAGUUUAAGUUCAUAUUGCAUUGUGGCAUUAUUGGAAGAUCUUGUUUGUUUUCAGUUAUUGUUCUCGCUGUUUAUAAUUAUUGAAAAGUUGGCUCUGAUUAGUUAUGUUUUUUGACUGAAAAGCACAUAAAGUUUCAUUCGGUAUUCUGAAACAAAAUAACGGACUAGUAUUGCUAAUGAUUCAUUUGAUAUCAAUCAUUUCGAAUAAAUAAUUAUUUUUCUCAUGCAUUGGCAAUAAUUUGAAUGGUAUUGAAAAUGUCUUUUUGUGAAACAUUUCAAUUGCCAAUCUUCUAAAAUACCAAACAUUUUUCAAAUUCAAUGUUAUUUCCAGAAAUUGAUCAGAAAAUGAGUUCCUGAGGUACUGGAUAAGAGAAUAAUGUUAGUAACAUCAGAGCAUUUACUUGAAAGUACCUUUUGUGAUAUAAUAUAAGUGAAAUUUUAUAUUCGGUAAAAGUAGAAAAUUAGUAAUUAUUGUGCUUGGAGUCUUUUCCAGAAGCUUAUUUUUUACUUCUCAUAUUCAAGGUUGUCUUGCUGUCUAUACCAUACUUGAAUAGACGUAUAAUCAUGCGACUUUUGUCUAUUCUAUUUCCUUGUAAUUGCUUUUCCACAUCCAUUUCAAAUGUCCCUCAUACAUUGCUUCAUUUAAGAUCUAUGUGUUAUUUUUAUAGUGCCUAUUUUGUAUAUAUUGUGAUUCAAUAUGAUGUAUUUUUUACACUAUGUAUUGGGAAAAGUUUGCUACACUAAUAGUGAGUGACUAAAUCAUUCAACAUUUUUAUUUUUGCUAUCAAGUGUGAGGAUAUUCGAUGUAAUAACGUCCACUGCAUUUUCACAUUCUCAGUCAGCACAGCUAUCUCCGUUUUUCAUAUUGUUUUAGUAGAGUUGUAUUGCCAAAGAAAGAUCAUGCUUCUUAUCAUGCUAAUGCAAAAUAUAUGUUCGGACAGUCUUUCCUCAAUCUUGAAACCGAGCAUUACUGGAUAUGAGAAUGUGAACAUUGCGAGGACUAGGAUAGUGCCAUUUCUACUCAUGUUUUUUUUUCAAAUUAUCUAAACACAUUAAUAAAAUUGAAGGAUAGUGUUUGAUAUGAAUUGAAAUCAGAAUUUAAACACGAAUUAUCAAACAAGAAAAUAUGAUUCCACUAGAAGAGCGUUUUGCUAGAAAAUAAUACAAUAAUAUUAUUAUCAUGUAACUACCCAACUUUUUAUGUAAUUUAUAUUGAGCUAUCGAUUUUUGAAUGUCUAUUGACUGCAUCUAUUUUGAAAACGUCAAGAAAUUGAGAUCAAUUAGUACACUUUGGGAAGGAAAAUGGCAAAAUUUUAGUGUUUGCGUUUUAAACUUUACCAAGAUUUUACCACGUAAUAUUAGACUAUAAUGGUAGUCCACCUUGAUAAUGGUAGAUUAAGUUUCAUUAUUUAAAAAAGUACUUUUUCCAUUGAGUUUUAUUAUAUAAAGUCCCACUAUCUACUAGUGAGAAGCACUUGAUUGAUUUUUUUAUAAGUUGAAUAUUUUUCAUAAAAUGUUUUGGCUUAUCUGUGCUUAAUGCUAGAAAGAUUCAAUCUAUAGAUAUAAUCGAAUCAAAAUAAAGUUUAGUUCAAACUGCAA